UAUUUGCAGUGGCGGUGCUGGAUGGGGCUGGUGGGUGUGGCUAAGCGAAGUUUGGGACUCAGGGAAAUUGAUUUGUACGUCGUCGAUGACCGUCGUCAACCUACAUUCGGACUGAACAAUGAGAGCAUCAUCGCUGAGAUUCGCAAGCCGGACUUUGAAGACCGUGCAGUGGCAGAGCAGCAGCCGCCUCGGGUGCAGCAGGCUAUACAGUGCCGCUUCGACAGACCAGAUCGGAGAGGGACGGACUUACUACUCGCUUUUUCCAAAGACACUGAAAGACGGUCCUCCGCCCAAAGGUCCGUUUGCAAUCAAUAACCGUGAAUUACGACGGGAGUUUUUGGAGUUACAGUCACAGAACCAUCCUGAUCUCGCGAGAAGCGAGGCCGAGAAAGAGUCGUCGGACAAGAUAUCGUCAGAGAUCAAUAAGGCGUACUCGACCUUGAGCUCCGUGCUUCACCGGGCUACCUACCUUCUAGAGCUACAUGGACUCACUCUAGCCGAGGACGCUGGUCGAACGAUGCCGCAGGAUCCAGAGCUUCUGAUGGAGGUCUACGACGUGCUCGAGGAUAUAGAAGAAUGUGAGACAGAUGACGAGGUCGAGCGUAUUCAGGAGCAGGUCACCGAGAAAAUAGCCGAUGCGGAGAAACGGGUAGAGCAGGUUUUUGAUACGAAUGACCUGGAGAAUGCACAACAAGCGGUAACUGUGCUACGGUAUUGGGUGAACAUAAAGGACUCUCUAAAAGAAUGGGAACCAGGUCGGCCGUUCCGGAUGAUUCAUUAGUUGGAAAAUUUGUAUAUUCUGAUAU